AUGGCAACAACUACCCUGCCCAAAAUCGAUCGCAACACCACCGUUCCAUUUCAUUUAAAGCUUUUCUAUAAAAGUGAUGGAUUCCAUAGACUCGAGGAAUUUAGUCCGCAUGGGGAAUUACCCCUCCAUGUUGAUAUAUCCACAUGGCAAUCAUGUACACUUCGCGAAUUAUCACAUUUACUAGCCAGCGCGCUCCCCGAUCUUCUACCCGAUCCGGCGAUCGGUACUCGUAUUUCUUUCCGUCUUAUAUUUCCCGACACACGACCUGCUGUUAACGGGCCUGCGAGAUAUAUAACGAAGGAACUUGGAAGUAUAGUGAUUGGGGAUGGUGGACCGGGGAUUUUGCCAGAUGAGGAGGAGUCUGCGAUUGUUGCGGGAGGUGUCAUGGCUGGAGGAUUGAUGGGGGAACCGGAGAAGACAUUACAGGAUGCGAGAUUUGUUAUAGGCGAUUAUGUUUGCUGUGCGAUAUUACCACCGAUGGCAGAUGGGGGAGUUGCGCCGCCACCUAGUGGUCCAUCGAGAGGAGGGUUCACGGGGGGAAGGUCUGAAAUGGGUGGGUUUGGUGGUAGAGGGGGGAUGGGAUCGCAUGAAAAUGGGUUUGGGGGUGGAUAUAGGGGGAGAGGGGGUUCAAGAGGAGGUGGGUUUGGUCAAGGUAUGGGUCCAGGCCUUGGAGCGGGUGGUGUCCCAAGUGGAGAAUGGAGGAGAGGAGAAAAAGUACCAGAUGGUCCGUCUGGAGGAAGAGGUCGUGGAUAUGGAAGUGGAGGUGGAGGUGGAAGUGGAAGUGGAGGUGGAGGUGGAGGUGGAGGUGGAGGAGGUGGAGGAGGGGGUUUUGGAGGUGGAAGGGGUCGAUGCGUUGGUGUUUCUUGGAAGGCUAUACUUGAAACAUUUUGCUCGAUUCUUCGCGAUUUACUGGAACGCGAAUGGAACACUUCUUUUUGA